AUGGAAACCGAGUUCCUGAAGAAAUGCUUUGGAAACUGUCUAGCCCAGGCACUGGUGGAAUUUGUAAAGAUUCGACCCAAUGACCCAAUAGAGUACUUGGCUCACUGGUUUUAUCAUUACCGGAAAACCACAAUGGCAAAAGAGAAUACAACAGAGAAGAUUCAGCUGAAGGAGGAACAUUAUAAGAGCUUCAAAGAAGCAGAAUUGAUAGACAUGCUGAAGCAAGACAAAAAUCAUAUUCAACAGAAAUGUGAAAAAUGCCUCAAGGUAGGAAGGAAGAAAUGA